AUGAUGACAAAGAUGUAUGUGAUGCAGAAACGAGCAUCGGAUAUAAGUAAGGUCGUAAACAAUGUGAAUUUAAUGACAUUACCUGGCAAAACAGCUAGUAGAUACGUAUUAUCGGCUGCACGUAUUGUUUUAACAGAUGAACAAUACACAAAUGGUUAUUUACCAGAUUUUCGUGGUGAUAAAUCUGGACGUGUACCAAUUCCUCAAGAGUCCGUUGACAAACUACGAGCAGCUGUUCGAAAAAGAUUUGGUUUUAAUCAGAGAUGGGCAGCUCCGACUCCUUCCGGCUCCACCUCAACUUUUGCAUACCUACCCAAGGAGAAAAAAAAUAUCGACUAUCGGGCGAUCUAG